UAGGAUAAUCCUUCGUGCUGUGUUGCGUGUGAACGCGUUGCGUUUGUUCAAGGUUAGACAACGGAACGCGAACGAACUCGUUGGGGAGCAACAACAGCAACAACACGACGAGUUGGUUUUCCAUCACCAUCAUCAUCAUCAUCAUCACCAUCUACGAGAUUACUAUUCAAAUUGAGAGAUUACUAUUGAAAUUGAGUGAGAGAGAUCUUUCAUUUUCUCGGGAAAAUGGAGGAUUCUUUCUUCGAUGUUGUGGAGUUUCUCAAGAAACCCUCCAUAGCCGAAACAUUCGUCGACAUUUUGCUAUGCGCGGUUCCGAUUUGGCUCGCCGUCAUGAUCGGCUUGCUCAUCGGCUGGUCCUGGCGUCCGCGUUGGACUGGGCUCGUUUUCCUCGGCUUCCGGAGCAAGCUUCGCUUCCUCUGGACUGCGCCGCCGGGGUUUGGUGCCCGCCGCCUCUGGUUCGCCUUCACCGCCCUCUCCGCCUUCUCCAUUUGCCGCACCUUCUGGUCCAAUUUCAAAGGCAAGAAGAAUAAGGCAGAUCCCUCGCCUUCGCAGUCAGAUGACGCUGCCGACUCCAAUUCGGGGAACGCAUCCAAACAGACUACUCGGUCUGGUGAUAAGGCUGAGGAGAGAGGGAAGGAUAUUGUUACACAGGCUGAUUUGGAAAAUCUUCUCCAUCUUCUUGAAAGCAAGGGUGGAGUGAUGGACUGGCAAUGUUUUAUGGAGAGGUCAACGCCAAACAUGCAGUAUCAAGCAUGGCGUCAUGAUCCUGAGACAGGUCCUACAGUUUACCGUAGUAGAACUGUCUUUGAAGAUGCAACUCCGGAGUUGGUGAGGGAUUUCUUCUGGGAUGAUGACUUUCGUCCUAAAUGGGAUGCUAUGCUUGCAUACUGCAAAGUAUUGGAGGAAUGCCCUCAGAAUGGGACAAUGAUUUCUCACUGGAUUAAAAAGUUCCCUUUUUUCUGCAGUGAUCGAGAAUAUAUCAUUGCUCGAAGAAUAUGGCAGGCUGGAAACACAUACUAUUGUGUCACAAAGGGAGUGCCCUAUCCAAGUUUGCCAAAACGUGAUAAGCCAAGACGUGUAGAUCAAUACUUUUCUAGCUGGGUAAUCAAACCUGUGGAAUCUCGCAAAGGAGAUGGUCAGUUGACUGCAUGUGAGGUUACGCUUUUGCAUUAUGAAGACAUGGGGAUUCCUAAAGAUGUUGCAAAGCUAGGAGUCCGCCAUGGGAUGUGGGGAGCUGUCAAGAAACUGCACUCUGGUAUGAGAGCAUACCAGAAUGCUAGGAAAGCAGACGCUUCUUUGUCAAGAUGUGCACUGAUGGCAAGUGAAACAACCAAGAUGCCUUCUGAUAGAAUCAUGCAUUCCUCAGAGCCUGCAUCUUGUGAGGAAGAGAAUGUGCGGACCGUCAGUAAUACCGCACAUAAGGGUAAUGGCAUCGACUGGAAGUGGGUAGCUGUAGGUGGUACUUUUGCCCUAGUUUUGGGUGUUCAUGGUGGUGCAGUAGGGCGAGCAUUGGUUUUGGGAGCAGGGCACAGAUUUGCUCGGAGGUGAGUGAUCUUGGAUCUGGUCAUGGGAAAGUUCCAUCAUCACCCCAUUCGGAAGAUUCAUCAUAUAUUAUAUUUAGACCAUCAUAUUUAUCAAUAUCGAAUGUUAAUUUUGUGGUUAUUUUUUUUAAUUAGUUUGUACCUUGGAUCCAUCUUGCAUUUGCCUCUUAAAAUGCAAAGCUGCAAUUACAUUAUUUUUUUCUAUUAUGGGGGAAAAAGAAAAAAGAAAAGGUUGGGAAUUCUUUCAAGAGCGUCGAUAUUCAAUUAUAGACCACAAUUUUAUCUCUUA